AUGGGGAACGGGUGCGUACAUGCUUUGACAGCAGGGUACGUCAACGGAAUCUUGACAGCUCAGUUGGUGUUCCGAGCUGUAUCAAGAAUUCGAAUAAAUACUAAAUUCUGCUCCGAUUACUUUUCUUUUCUAGACCUUGCUGAGCAAUUAAAGUUGCUUGGCUAUCCAAAUAACAUACCCAUCUCGGUGCUGAACACACCGUACGGUGGCCCGGAAAGCUUCAAAGCCUACUCGGACAUUCUGCAAUGGCUCAUCAACCGGUUGGAGCCGAAUUUGGUGCUGAGUGGCGGUACCCGUACCGAACAGGAACGGAUCCAGUUCGUUCGGUCGGCGACCGAGUUUUUGGUAACGAAAUCUAGCAUCAAAAUCAAUCCCCGCAAGCUGUACGCUAGCUCGGUGGCGGCCUCGAAAGAACUGCUCAAAGUUACGACACUACUAAUCUCCUCGCCCAAAGUAACGGGGCACGAGGAAGAGCUGAUCAAAUCGCACGUCGAAAUUGAUCUGUCGGAUAAAAUUGACGAUUUGAAGAAGGUGCGUGGCCUGUCGUCCGAGCUUACCAACCGCGGGGCGGCACUGUAUGAUCUGCUGAAGAAGGAACUGAUUAAUCGCGAAAUACGCAACGUCCAAUCGACCCGCUCGCUGGAACUGGUGACAACGGAGAAAAUUAUCAAAAACGCUAUUGCCUCGCUUCAGUCGAAGCUUUCCAACUCGAAGACGGUUCUGGAAGGGUUGAAGGCGGACAAUGCUAACUUGGCGUCGAAAAUUGCCCGCAAAGCAUCCGAGCUCGAACGUUCCCGGCAGCGGUUGCAAGCACUGCAAAAGGUGCGACCCGCUUACCUGGAGGAGUUUGAAAAGUUGGAACUUGAGCUGAAGGGCUUGUACGAGCAGUACAUCGUACGGAUCAGGUGUGUGGAUGCGCUGCGCUCGCAGUUGAUCAGCAAAAAUCGUACACCAACACCGACCUCACCGGUCGCCAGAAUUACCGACAGCAGCAUGACGAUACUGCCGGAAGGGCUAAUCGAGUCGGAGGACGAAAACGACGAGGAUGAUGAUUUUGAUGAGCGAGAUGAUGUGAAGCUCAAGACGGACCGGCGUAUCCUGCGCAGCGAGCUGCUAAAUCGUGAUCGUGGCUCUACCAGAUUUCGAUCGCGCAUCGAUGGAGCAUCGCCGAGCGGUAAGGAACGGUCGAAGAUGAUUGGAAGCAUCGAGGAUGAGCUGGGACCGUUGGACAGCUCGAUGAGCUCGGAAGAGUCGGAAAGUGAGCUCGAAAUGGGAGGCAAUCGAUUGAUCGAUGGCAGUCUACGUACCGAUGACGAUGAAGAUGAAAGUCUCGCAAAAAUGCCACGAGAAAGUUCCACCAUCAAUCGAGGAGCGAAAGUGGACCUUAGCGAUGAGGACUUCUAAAGAUCUCUGGGA